ACAAACAGCCCUGGAAGCAACUCCUAAUCAUCUGGGGGGUGAUUAUGGUCAAUUCUUCCUCCCCAAACCCCCCAGAUACAAAUCAGAUCCAAACUGGAGAGACAGGCAGGCACGGAAGAGGGGACACCGGCACCACACAGCCCCCCCGAAGCCAUGUACAGGAGCAGCUUCCUCCGCGAGGUUCGCAAGGAGAAGUACGAGCGCUCGGACGCCUAUGAUGAGCUGCGGGGCUCCCCCGAAUUUGACAGCUUGGCCCAAGCCCAAGGCCUGGAGAACCUGCAGGAACUCAACGAGCGCUUCGCCAGCUACAUCAACAGGGCGCGCGUGCUGGAGCAGCGCAACACCAUCCUGCGCAAGCAGCUGGAGACCUUCCAGCGCAUGGAUGAGCUGGUGGGCUUGGACGAAGCCUUCGCCGGGCAGAUCGAGUUCAACCGCCAACGAAUGCGGGAGCUGGCGUCCGACCGGGCCAAGCUGGAGCGGGAGGAGAAGGAUGCCCAGCGCAUGCUUGAUGAGUAUCGCAACAAGUACCGAAAUGAACGUGAAUAUCAGCAGAAGCUAAAAGAGACCCUUGAACGCCUGAAUAAGGAAGCGGAUGAAGCCCUGCUGUGCAACCUGGAGCUGCAGAUCGAGUCCCAGUUCCUGCAGGAUGACAUUAAUGCCACAAAAGACAGAUAUAAGAAGAACCUCAUGGAAAUCCAGACCUAUGUCAACAUUUUACAGCAAAUCAUCCAGACAACCCCUCGCGUGUCCCCUAUAACUACUGGCAUAUCUGAGGAAAAACUUGUAGCAGAAAGGAGGAUCCCUGUUCUUCAGAGCCAGCUGGAGGAAUACAAGAGCAUCCUCUGCCAGCUACAGGCUCAAAAGUACAAGUUGCAGACAGAGACAACUAUGCUGGAGCAAGCGAUAAAAAACACCCAGGAGAGUUACGACGACGAAAUUCAGCUUUACAACGAGCAGAUUGAGAACCUCAGGAAGGGGAUAGAAGAAGCAGAGAGGACCUUGGAGAAGUACACGACUGACUGCCGCCAGCUGGUGAUCUACCAGCAGUCCCUGGAGAACGAGCUGGAGCGCUACAAGCGAAUCAUUGAGAACGAGGACAGCCGGUUAAACUCUGCUAUAGCAGGAACGCCAGUCACACUCUUCACGCAGAUCUAUAGACCUGUCCAGCCUCAAGCUUCGAGGGGAAGAGAUAUCACCCAGGCUAUGCAAGAGAUUGCCAGUGUAAAGCCCAGACAAAAAGCGCUGACAAAGAAACUUUCCAGGAAAAAGGAGAUCAUGUCUAAAGACAUAACCGACGGGCUCUCGCCUGAAAAAAUGUAUGAAAGAACUGUGGAAGUUUUUGACCAAGAUCAGCUGGAAUUUAGACAUGAAGGUUCAGUCACAUGUGAACCUGGGCAGGAGGAAUUAGAACUUGUUGAAAAAGAAGCAGUCCCAGAGGACGUACCGGAUGGAGCCCAGAUAAGUAAAGCCUUUGAUAAAUUGUGUAACAUUGUGAGGGAGAAAAUCAGAGUUUACAAGAAACCAGAGGCUAAAGCUGAUUCCCACCCCAAAGGGCGUUAUGUGCUGGUAACAGGGGAGGAAGGCUAUGAAGAACCUUGCUUCGCAUCCAUCCCAGCUGGGGGAGGAAUCACAGUUUCUACCAGCAAUGGGAAGGUAACGAUUGGUGGUGAUGUGGAGCCCAUACCGGAGCUGCCUGAACCUACUGAACCAUCAGAAAAAGAGAAAAGGGACAUCUGUGAAAGGAGAGACGAGACUGAAACCCAAGAUAAACUGAAAGAGGAGGAGAAAGAAGAUCUGUUUGAAUGGGGCAAAAUAAGGGGGAAAAUUGAGCAAGUCACAAAGUAUCCAGACGUCUCCGAGCCCGAGGCAGUUCCUUGCCCGGGUCUGAUAAGCCCUGCUGAGCCAGGAGUACUUCAAGAGACAGAGCAUGACCGAGAAGAUAAACAGGGCCUCUUGUUCCGGGAAGCAGGCUUGCCUGGCUCCGUGAGCUAUGAGAAGGUGGAGGUGGUGGAGUCCAUCGAGAAGUUUUCAGAUGACAGAAUUCAGACAUAUGAAGAGACAGCUAUGAUUGUGGAGACGAUGAUAGAGAAGACAAGCAAGAAGAAACCGGGUGACAAAGGCUCUUAAAUGACAAGCAGUCAACUUGUCUGGCAUAGUUAUUAAAUGAUGUAAUUUUUUUUUCCUGAUCGAAUGAUACAAUAGUGAGAUUUUUGCUGUUUGGUAUGGAACAGAUUGAUACUUUGGUGGCAAAAUUCUGUCUGAUGUAGGCUCGGCUGUGUUGUAACGAAUGUGAGACUGCUCCAGGACAAGAGUAAUGGGCAGAUCCUAUGCAACUUAUUUUCACAAUAAGGACAAGUUGAAAUCAAUCAUCAUUACAGAGCUGCCUGACUUUCCGAAGUAUCCAGGGCAGAUUUGCCAGUGAGUAUUUCUCUACUUCUCCUAUAGCUGCAACGGGAUUCCCCAUCUGACAGCUGCAAAUGUUAACUUGUGACACCCGAUUCAUUUAAUAAAAG